CUCAAUUUUUUAAUAAUAUUUUGAAUAUUUAAACAAAUAAUGAGUAAGAGACAAGAAAGAUAAUAAUUUUUCAAUGUCAUUUUUUUAAUUUUAAAAAACGAUUCGAGUAAUUGAAAGAAUUAUAUCAAGAAGAACAAAACUAGAUAAUUUUUCAAAAUUAUAAAUUUUGCGAAAAUGGCGGUUAAACGAUCAUUUAAUAGCGGCUAUAAGCUCAAGGACCGACAUAAUGUUCUUCAAAGAUUAUGUAAUUGCCAGAUACGAUCAGUAAUUAGAUAGUUUGAAAAGGUACAACUGUUAAAACCCGGAAUUUUAGUAAUUAACCGAUACCUAGUAAACCGUGAAGCACGUAUUCCGGAUAUUUUACGUAACAUAAGCACUUUCUGCAUUGAAUGUUUCUAAACAUUGCUUCAUUAAUCACAAACUAUGAUUAUGAUAAUUCAUAAUGAAUUUCCAAUUUUUUUCUCUAAAUAGAUAGAUCAUUGCGUAACAAUCUGUCCAUUUAUCACUUCUUUUAUUCCCUAUUCUAACAUCGAGCAUGAAAUCGAAAUAAACAAAAUUAACAAAACCAUCGAAUAAGUUACUCGAAAUAUAUUUCUAUUCCAUCAACGAUAUUUUAUCAUUUUUCAAACAUCUUUAUCACCUGGUUAUUUGUAUACAUAAAGCCUGCAUGCCAUAAGUUUUCGAAGUGGACUGUGGUUAUUUCAUGGCGGACGACGGUAUUUCACGUGAAAGCUGCAUGGCACGAUCUGACAUGGUAGAACUAGUGUGGCUUGCUGAUCGGAAAGACCAGAACUUAAGAAGGACCGAACCUUCCCCUCUCCGUUCUGUUUCACUUCUCCCACUGCCCCUUCGAUGGUCAACGGGGACAGAGGCAGAAAGUCUGUGGCAUACGUUUACCUUGGAAGAUAGUUGCUGCAGCAACAGAACAGUCUGUGGUCGUUUGACGAUGUGCUAUAUUGCCAUUUGACACGUGUCGAUUCGCGAUUUUUUUACUUAAUCGUGGUCGCGAAAUUAACUAGUCACAUAUAAUUAAUGGGCAUUUAAAAAAUGGCGUAGGCGAUUCGUGAAAGGAAAAUGAAAACCGGCUGAACACCUGUUUCAUACAUGAUACUUUGUUUCGAGUACAUUGAGGAAGGGAACGCGCAAUUUAAUCACGCUACUGUAAAAUUGUGUCACAUUCGUUGGAGACCUGGUCGGAUUCAAUUGUAAGUUGAAUUAAGAAGAAUAGAGAUCAGAUGGAAGCGUUUAAGUUGUUGGUUACAAUUGAACGCACAAUUGAACUGCGUUUCAAGGCUAGACGACGAGAAGGACAAUAUGAGGCUAUUUUGUGCGCAAAAUGACGACGAAUCGUCGACGAUGAACACCAAAGAUGGCUCCAGAGGGGGAAGGAAGCAGGAAGUGGAUCGCUUCGGAUACUAUCAAAUGAUCAUGUUCGCGAUAAUCAGCCUGCCUCUGUUCUUGUCAGCAGGAUUCACGCUUGCCUACGUAUUUACAGCCGGGGAAGUUAAAUACAGGUGUACGGUGCCAGGAUGCGAGAAUUCAUCGAACACGCAAUUCAACGUGCCUUGGAUGAUUGAUUCCGUCCCGGAUGUAUCCGAGACAUCCAAAUGCAUCCGUUAUGUCGUACAAAAUCACACAGGGGCGUGCACAAACGAAACUUUCAGUAACGUUACCAAAAGUUGCGAUUCGUGGAUCUACGAUCCAUCCGAGAAUACGAUUCAAAGCGAGUGGGACAUCACCUGUGACACCAAUCGAUGGAAACUCACUCUUGUGGGUACGGUAAAUAACAUCGGUCAAUUCGUCGGGCUGAUCUUCGCCGGCUACAUAUCAGACAGAUAUGGAAGACGCACGAUACUGACGCUCACCACAUCCCUGAGCGGAAUCAGCGGCCUGAUACAUUCCUUCUCCGUGAAUUAUUGGAUGUUUCUCGCGUUCGAAUUUAUCGACGCGACUGUCGCGGCCGGUAUCUACAGCGCUGGAUUUAUUUUAGGAAUGGAGAUGGCGGGGGUAAGAGGCAGAGUAUUAGCCAGCACAAUUAUCUGCUGCAUGUUCGCAGUCGGUGAGAUGUUACUCGGAUUGAUAGCGAUGUGGCUUAGAUCAUGGCGAUUGAUCCUUCGCAUGGUGUACGGACCGGCAUUGCUGGCCAUCUUAUUGCCGCUCCUUAUCCCAGAAUCAGUCAGGUGGCUAUUGGCGAAUGGGAAACAGGAAAAGGUGGAGAGUAUAUAUCGAAAAAUGGCGCGUAUAAACGGGCUUCAAAUCUCGGAAGAGGCGAUCGGAGCGUUCAAAGAUUUGAACAUGGUGAAGACUGAAAAGACGGAACAAAUAGUGAUGAAAAAUGAUGAAAAGAAAUCACCGAUUAUGCAAAUAUUGAAUAGCUCAGUGAUGCUCACUCGGCUGUUGGUGUGCUCGUUUUGCUGGUUGACGAAUACUUUCGUCUAUUAUGGAUUAUCGUUAAACUCGGUGGCUUUCGCUGGUGACAAAUACGUUAAUUUUAUAUUGGUCGCCAUUGUGGAAAUCCCGGCUUACUUUUUGACCUGGUUUCUGACCGAUUAUAUCGGCCGUAAAACUACUCUCUCCUCGUCUUUCUUGCUAAGCGGAGCUUUUUGCCUGGCUAUACAAUUCGUACCGACAGAUUCAUUGAGUUUUCUACCAUUGAUUCUGUACAUGGGCGGGAAAUGGUGCAUUACGAUGUCCUUCUCGACGAUUUACAUUUAUACAGCGGAACUGUUUCCCACAAACUUGAGACAUUCCCUCCUUGGAAUUUGCAGCAUGACUGGCCGCAUGGGGUCAAUAUUGUCACCGCAAACUCCUCUUUUGGCACAAUUUAUGCCCGAAUUACCAUUGAUACUCUUUGGAUGUAUGGCGCUAUCCGCGGGACUACUCUCUUUGUUCUUCCCGGAAACAUUGGGGACGAAACUUCCGGAUACGGUGUGGGAGGCAGAGAAUAUCGGUAAAGAGCAGCAGAAGCAGGAAUUGCAGGAUUUGCCGUCUUAAGAGCGGACGAAUAUACCGGGACGAGUUAUAAAUUCGACACGAAAAAACUUAUAAAACUGGAAGAAAGAAGGAAAAAAAGAAAAAAACCAACGAGACAGAAGAGAUGAGAAUUAAGAAGAAAUCAAAUUGAAAAAAAAAUGAAAAAAGCAAAAGAAACGUAACAUUGCAGCAAUGGCUUUCAGAAGUUUCCCUUUCUUCCGGCAUGAAAACUAUCGACCGUGACUAUUCGCUUCGCGGUUUGAAAGCUCGCGAGAGAGAGGCAAAAAAAAAGAGAGAGAGAGAGAGAGAGAGAUGAAACGAGAGAGAGAGAUAAAACUCCGGAAGUGAAGGGAGCUUACUUCUAUAUAUGUAUGUAUAAUACCUACAGAAUAUUUGCUUGCCUUUGAAAUUGACAUAGUUCAAUCGCGAUCAAUUUGCCAUAAAAUCGACUAGUUACAAAGAGUCGGCGAGUUAUCGAUUGUAGAGGAAAUGAUAGGAGGAUGAAAAAGUUUACCCCGAGGGAAAAUUGGCAUUAUGUCGGUAAAGAAAGUUCGGAAAAUUGAAAGGUCGGAAAAAUUUGAAACAUCAUGGAAAUUUAAUUCAAGAGAUGAUUUUUUCUUGUGGUAAAAAGAUGAAAUUAUAGCUCUCAAAAAAAAAAUUCUUGUGAAUAGUUAUAAAUUACAUAAGAUAUGAAAAAAAUGUUCAAAAUAUAUGAUAUAUCUUUUUAUUUUGAUAAUUAAUAGUCAUUAUUCUAUCAAGUAUAUUUGAAUUCAUUUUUAAUUUUAGAAGAUAAAAAUUGAUGUCAAUAACUGCAAUUUUAUAUUAUUAUUAUAUGAAGAUUUAUAUCAUAUUCGACAUAUUUUUUAAAUUUAAAAAGUAAUAAUAAAAAUAUUUACAUUUAAAAUAUGUUAUUAAUCUUAUUAAUUGUUUUAAAAAAUCAUGUUUGAAAUUUAUUUUAUUCAAUGAAACGAAAUCUUCUUCCUUUAAAUAAAAAAAAAAUUUAUUGUUUUUAGAUUUCAUUUUCGUAAAUCCAUGUCAUGAAUGAUAUAUUUUCUGUCCAAAGAUUACAUGAAAUAUCAGUAUUUUAUCAGUACAUAUUCUGUUAUAAGAUAAAUUAUAUUUAUUUUUAACAUCUUAUAAAAUGAAUUACGAUAUUUUACUUUACAUUGUCGAUUUGAAGUGUUAUCUUUGUUAAUGUUUGUUAAAUUUGUUUUCAGUUUUAACAGUUUAAAAGUUCGUAAAAUGUUAAUUAAAAAUAUUUUCUGCGCUUUAGAAAAGUGCUUCAAAAAUGGAGAAUACUUGGAGAGCAAUUGACGAAGUGACUGAAAAACAUUGCUUUUAUAUAAAAAUUGACAUACACAAUUAUUAUUGACCCCCUUUUUAUCCGACAAAUAAUGUUACAAUUUCCAAAUAUCGGAAUAUAUAACAAAAUAUCGAUACAUUGUAUCAUGCACAAUUUACUUUGCGAGUCUAUGUUAUCGAGUUAUUUAUGUAUCAUAUUCUAACAAAAGAUAAAUUACUUUUUACAGCAGAUUUUUAUCUGCAUGAUUAACAACAUAAUAAAUAAAUUACAUGAUAUAACAGAGAGCUCGAUAGCAUAAUUAAAGAUUACAAUACGUGUAAAUUUUGAGAAAAGAAAUAUUUUUAAAAAAUUCUUUAUUAUCACUUGAAUUUAAAUAUUCACAAGAAAAUAAAAUAUAUCAUAUUUAUUUCGAAGUGAUUUUACAUGAUUUUAUAUUUUAUAAAUUAUAUUUUUAUCCAAAUAAAAAGUUAUAAAUAUCUGAAAAGUUUCAAAUUUUUCUAUAUUUUGUGCAAACAUCGAAAUUUCCUUAUAAAUGAAUAAUCAUGUUUAUUACUUACAAUUACUGGAUACCGCGCGAGAUCAUUUCACUUUCCUUUGUUCGUAUACGUCAUCUGAUUAAUGAAUUUUUAACGCAAUUAAUUAUAGCUCAUUGCAGCCAAUUAAAGUUAUCAUUGACGUGUCCAUGUUAUCAGACGUCAAAACGUCUUCGUAUAACGGAUAACGCAUACAUAUAUAUGCACGUCAUAGAUUAUUGUAUGAUGCUUCUUCCAUUUAGGAAUGAAAACAUAAUUAUGCUCAGGAAUUUACACAGUAUUGCUGCAUCAUGUUCGUAAACAUAUAUAUUAAUCGGUAAUUAUAUCAGGCCCUGUCUGUAUUUUUGAUUUAAAUAUUUCAGAACUAUAUCGAUCAUUUUUGUCGUACUGUAAGAACUAUAAAGCAUCGUGCCAUGAUAAUGCAUCAUCUAGAAAAGUGAAGUUAAUAAUAGCAAUAAUUUAUAUAAAUUUCAUAUAUAUAUUAUAUUUACGUGAGGAUAUUAUUAUUCUGCACAGGAACGAAUGAAGAAUUAGAUGAAUCAAUAGACACGAUUUAUAAUACUGAUGAUAAAUUAGCGAAUAUUAGCAUUAAUUAUAAUUAUUAUUAUUAUUUUGAGAGCGAAUAUGCCUAUGUAUUAAAUAUCCAUGAUUUUAAACGAGUACUUCAUCGAUGAAUACUUAGUUAACUGUAUGUACAAAGCGUAUAGAAUAAUUAUGAGAAUUGUAUAAGAAUAUACACGGUGAUACACGUCACGGUGCUGUUCCAGAAGAUUAUGGAGAACGAUUGUAUCAAGAAUGAUACUCGUGACGAUGGAAAUAUUUUGUCAGGCUAUUUGCAAUAGCUCUUAUGAAAACUGAACUAUUUCAAGUGAGUAUUAUUAAUUUGUUGCCAUAGAGUAUUAACUGAAAUAUUAUGUAAAUAUCUACGAAUACGGUGAUAUCUGCGUGAUACGAAUAACUCACAAGCUUGUACAUAGAACGUCGAUAUCGCGUAAGAUAUUUCCAUCGUGUUGCGAGUCGCAGAAUUAUAUCGACUUCAUAAAUAAUCAUAUUUGUUAAAAUCGAGAUAAGAAUAUUCAUAUAUAAUAAGGUAUACCAGACAUUAAUGUAACAUAAGAUGUAUACAUAAUUCUGAAUAUACACAAACAUUUAUGAAA